UGCACCUUGCACGCCUUGGCAACGCUUCAGAAAUCAAUGGUUUGAUAAACUAGCUUUUUCUACAUUAGCUAGUCGUUUGUCAAUGUAACGUUAACUGUCUAACCUUUAUAACGAUAUAGCUAACCACUGUAUUCAACGUCGCUUGCGUUUGGCGUCCACGAGUCAAGAGGCACCAACAACAGACGAUAUGCCAGCCAAGCAAGGUGGAAGUAGCUAAAGUAACCAUAUCAACAGACAAGACAGUCUCGAAGCUGGGGACAGGGGUAAAACAAAACUGAAAGGAUUAGGAAUCUGACAGCAAACUAGCCAGCUAGUAAGCGACAUUGUUAUCUAUCGGUAAAAUAAGCGUUUACCACGUGUUAACUUAUUUCAAUGAGUCUAGUAGCUAGCUACAAAGAGAACGUAUUGCUACCCUAUUGCUAUCUCGCGUAGUAGCUCCUAGGAUUAGCAGUUAACGCGUAGCGACUUCGUUGAAUUGCAUUGGAUAGCGCUAGAAAGGUUAGCUAGCUAGCUAGAUUAACGUUUGAAUACAGUAUUUUCUAUAUACCUAAUUAAAAUGCAUAAUCAAGAUGUAUCAUGAGGGUGACAAUAGUUGUUUUCAAUUGUGUCUGACUAGCUCGUUCAGUGCAAGCAGCUAGCCAAACCAGUUUGGUAAAUCUGUGUUAGCGCAAUCAGGAUGCUAAAGUGUUAGCUAGCAACUGUAGGUUUACGAUUUGGUGGAUAAAUACAGUUUUUCUAGCUGUCUUGAAACGAUUCACGGCCCACCAGAAUCGUUCAGAUAAUUUGACUCUGGACUCGUUAGAUAGUUAAAUAAUUUGGCACUUGCAUGCUUGGCUAGUGUUUGUCCACGUUUGCUAUUGCAUUUAGGCCACGUCGCUGACAGUGUCAUUGGACGAAUGCAAACAAGAAAGGCGACAACUGUGCGGAAGAGGGAAGGCGCGUGAAUAACUAUUCCCCACACUCCCUGCAGCUAACUAAUGCAAUUAACUCGAUUGGGGUUUGAUACAAAUGCUUUCUUUAUUGACUAUGUCAGUGGCUGUAUGUUUGCCGUAAUUGAACGGCAUGUCAGCUACCCAAUUUGUUUACCAGUGGAAGUAUAGGCUUUUCUAGAUCAAUUAUAGAACACAUUCUGAAAUGGUUGGCUUUGGCGCAAACCGACGGGGAGGCCGUCUGCCGUCCUUCAUCCUGAUCGCAUUGAUGGUGAUCAUUGCCAUACUGUCUUUCAACUACUGGACUGUGUCCAACAAGCAAGGGCGCCUAUUGGACGAGUUGGCUGAGGUGCAGACACAGGUGAAGCGGACCGACGCGGCGCGCAGUCGACUGGAGAAGCGCAACUCUGAGUUGAUGGUGCAGGUAGACACGCACAGGAAACAGAUCGAUCAGAAGGAAGGAGAUAACAGCAUGCUGGAGGGCAAGCUGCACACUCGUGAAGCACUCAUCAAAAAGUGUACAGAUGAAAAGAUGAAGGUGCAGGGUGAUGUCACAGCACAGAUGUCGGAGAUUGUGAGGCUGAAAGAGCAGCUGAAGGAGCUGAAACAGGAGUUUAUGAGGCAGGAGAUCCAGCUGAGGGAGGUGAAGAAGAACAGCACCAAUCUGGAGAGGAAGCUGGAGUAUGAGAGUUUGCAGUGUGGGCGUCAAAUCACACAACUAAUGGACGAGUAUAAAGAAGCUAAAAAGACCCUGGAGGAGGAGGCGGUGGAGCUGAGAAAGAGUGUGCUGGAUAGCAGGAAGGUCGGAGCUGCAGAAGGAGGGACUGAGGUGGAGACAGCAGAAGAGCACCACACUGUGGCCACACACCAACGAGACACUGACCUCAAAGAUUUGGGCAAGCCUGGCAAUGAUGCUGGCAUGCCUGGUAUUGAGGACAGUGAAGUGGGAAAAAUAGAUGAUGUGCAAUUUGCUCUGAAGAAGCCAGCCAUCACCCAGAACCACAUAGAGAUACCUGAUACUGGGUUAAGAGAGGUGGGGGCCGGUAUGGGAGCAGAGGCGGGUGCAGGGGCAGGUGAGGGGGCUGGUCGAGACCUCUCUCUGGACCGGCCUGUGCUCCAGAUUCAGGACAAGGUCCUAGGGUUGGGGAUGGAGGGGCGAGCGGGGGCCCUCCAGCAGCAGCCCCCCCAGGCGGUGGCAGACAGACCCAUCCUCUUUGACGAGGACAACAAGGCAGCCAUCCAGGCAGAUGAGUUCGGAGAGCAGCACAGACCGCUUAGAGCUCCUGACAAUGUGAUGAAAGCAGAUGGUGUACAGAGGAAAGGGGCAGGACUGCCUCUGCCUCCUAACCCCGCCCAGGUGCCCAACCCUAUAGAACCUCGGCAUGCCAGAGACCCCAAGCCUGCUGAGCCCCUGCGUCACAGACAGAAUGAUGAAGACCGAGACAUGCAGGGAGACCGGGCAGUGGACUAUGGAAAGAGACGUCAAGCCAUCGACAUUUUGUAAACCUUAUCAACUCGCUCUAGGAUCUUACUGAAAUGGAGUGGGAUAGCAAAUUCUAGCAAAAGGGUUUAUUCCUCCGCAUUUUGUUUCACUGUUGCUUCGGAUGUCAUUCUUAGGACUGGGUUGGAAUCAUGAAGACGUUUUAGGUGCAUCUCUUAUGGCGAUGGACUAUUCUGAAGACACGGUACAGAUUAUUAUUCCAUGAAGCAGUUUGACCUAAAACCAUGUAUCAUUGAAUCUAUAAAACAAUUCAUGAUAAUAUGGUUCUGUGCAGCCGUUGACUUGCAAAUAAUGAUUUUAUAAUUUAUUUGGUAUUAGAAUUCCUUAGCGAUUACAAUGAUAUAAUGUACAAGAGUGCUAUACAGUGUACAUUUGUAAUGUUUUUUUCAUGACAGAUUAUGAAGGCUUUUGUUUUGUUUACUACUUUGAAUGAACUGUCAGCUGCAAGAAUAGACUGUAGUGGUCUGAAAGAGCCAGUUUGGCCCAGAACCUCGCUGGCUUAGAUGACUCUGUUGCUGACCUGGUCACCUAGACUGGCAGGCAUAGCAUAUUGCUUGAAAUGGGGAACUUUAAUUUUACUUGUCUUUACCUAAAAAGGAAUAUGUUUCCCUUCUGAUUUGGGACAGCUGUUGCUUGACAAAGAAAAAAAACCUGAAAACUGCUGCUCCGAACUGUGUCAAUGAAUUUGACUUUUGUUGGACUCUUGUAUGGACGGCCACACUUCAAACACAGCCGCGCCAACCAACGCAGCCGCGCCAACCAACGCAGCCGCGCCAACCAACGCAGCCGCGCCAACCAACGCAGCGCUUAUGCCAAGGACUUCUCAUGGCUUCUUAAACCUCUUUGUUCAUAUUAUUUCUGUCACAGACAUAACACUCUAAAGUGCAUGCAAUCUUUAUUAAUCAACCUGAAGAACGUCUUGAAGCUGGAUACAAUACUUAGACCAGUUUAGAAUUAGGAAUCCUGUGGAGGACUAAAAGCUCAAUGCACACCUGUCCUGCUAAUAAGAAUGGACUACAGUAGGCAUAGAUGUACAUAUUUGAACUGUUUCUAUUUUAACUGUAGGACUCGAGACUAUUCUUCCUUGAAAUAAUAAGCAUAAAAUCAGUUUUGUUUGUCUAAAAGUUGGUGAUUUCAUAUGGAAGGUCGGCAUAUUGAAUGUACGCUGCUGAUGUUUUGGUUUUUCAAGAUCAUAAUGUAAUUAAGAUAUUUGGGUAGUUAAUUGUUACAACUGUACAAUUUAGAUGCUAAUGGAUAUAACUGUGAACCAGUCAGCCAGUCCCCAGCUAAGUUUUCCCUCAAAUUCCAACGUGUUACUUAUCUGCUGGGGAUUAUUAAAAGCUGUUGGUAUCACUGAUCUUGGGGGCAAUUAAUUUAUCAUUUCAUACUGAAGAAUAAUAAAUAAUUCUUAAGUGGUCAUUAUUGAUACAAGUAAUUCAACAAUUGUUUCCCCCUGAAUUCCUUUUGAUCCAUGAUUUAUAAAUAAUAAAAAAAUAAAUUGUAA